AUGUCAAGGAGUGGGAGUAAAGACAUGGUCAUUGGGGCCACCAAUAGUCAGGAUCACCUCGAAGAGGGCUUCGAGCUCAAGGACAUGUCCAAGCUCGGCGGCACCCAAGCCGACGAGCACGACAUGCGAAUGCUGGGGAGGACUCAGGUGCUCAAUCGAAACUUCCGUUUCAUUUCCACGUUGGGAUUUGCGUGUACUCUGAUGAGUACCUGGGAAAUCUCACUGAUGACCAACAUAUUUGGGCUCGCCAACGGCGGUCCUGCAGGCCUAGUCUGGGGCUAUCUUUUCGUAUGGCUCGGCUACAUGAUGGUCUUUGCCUCGAUCGCCGAAAUGGCCUCCAUCCGGCGAAAAAGGGCUCCCACUUCCGGUGGCCAGUACCACUGGAUCUCGGAAUUCGCCCCCAGAGGGUCACAGCGCUUCAUCAGUUACAUCGUUGGCUGGAUCUCCGUCCUGGGCUGGCAAGUGGGCCUCGCCUCUCUCGCCUUCCUCGCUGGGACCAUGAUCCAGGGCCUCCUCGUUCUCAACCUCGGCGACAGCUACGUGUUCGAGGCCUGGCACGGCACCCUGCUCGUCAUCGCCAUCACGGCCUUUUGCAUCGUCUUCAACACCGUGCUCGCCAAGCGUCUGCCCAUGGUGGAGGGCAUGGUCCUGAUUGUCCACAUCCUCGGCUUCUUCGCCGUUCUCGUCCCGCUCUGGACCUUGGCGCCCCGGAACUCAGCCCGCGUGGUCUUCACCGAGUUCCUGAACCUUGGCGAGUGGUCCACCAUGGGCCUCGCCUUCAUGGUGGGGCUUCUGUCGCCUGUCUACACGCUCAUCGGCGCCGACUCGGCGGUGCAUAUGUCCGAGGAGAUCAAGGACGCGUCCAUCGUGCUACCCCGGGCCAUCAUGUGGGCCGCGGGAGUCAACGGGACCAUGGGCUGGAUCAUGGUGAUUACCUUCUGCUUCACCAUGGGCGACGUGCUCGACAUCAUCGACAGUCCCACGGGCUACCCUUUCAUCCAGGCUUUCUUCAAUGUGACGCAGAGCCACGCCGGCACGUCCAUCAUGACGGCCAUCCUCAUCGUCAACGUCACAUCGGCGUGCAUCAGUACCGUGGCCACCGUAUCGCGGCAGACGUGGUCCUUCGCGCGCGACAAGGGUCUGCCAUUCUCGUCCUUUAUUAGCAACAAAGAGAUGAAGUAUACUAACUGCCUACGAAACAUCAAGAUCAAACCAGGCUGGAAUAUUCCCCUCAACGCCGUCGUCCUCACCUUCGUUAUUUCGGUCCUCCUCUCCCUCAUCAACAUCGGCUCCACCGUCGCCUUCAACGCCAUCGGCUCCCUUGCCAUCUCGGCGCUGCUGGGAACCUACAUCAUCUCUUUCGUCUGCCUCGUCCUGCGCCGACUUCGAAAGGGCUCGUCUUCCCUGCCGCACCGCCGUUGGUCCCUGGGCCCCUGGGGUCUGUGGGUCAACCUGGCCGCCGUCAUGUACCUCCUCGUCGUCUGGGUCUUCAUCUUCUUCCCCGCUCACGCAUCCGUCACGCUCGAGACGAUGAACUGGAACGCCGUAAUAUUCGGUGGCACUAUGAUCUUUGCCGUCGUGUACUACCUCGUGUGGGGGAGGAAGUUUUACACCUCGCCCGUCGAGCUGGUGCGCAGGCACGAGGACUGA